AUGCUACGCGCCGCCCUCCUUGCCCGCGUCACCCGUGUCACCUCUGCUGCCAUGCCGUUCUCGAACCGCUCGCUCACCCUCUCUGCGGCCCGUGCUGACGACGACGACCACGCGCCGGUCGACUCGCUCGAUGACGCGUCCGCCUUCCUCGACGAUGACGACGAUGACGUCGAGGACUGGGCUGAUGAAACCCCUCCGCCGCCGCUCUACUCCUCCUCCCAUGCUGCCCCGGGCGAGUCGCGCUCCCAGGUCAAUACCGAGACCGGUGAGGUUGGCGGCCCGGCGGGCCCCGAGCCCACCCGCUUCAACGACUGGUCGUUCAAGGGCCGCGAGACUCUCUGGAAUCUGCGAUCUGUGGAGGUGUGCGCCGUUGGCGGCGCCCACCUCUCGCCGCUCCGUCGCAAGCGACGCUGUGACGAGAGGGAACCGGAAACCUCGCGUUAA